AUGAACCCAGGGGAUCAGGCCUCUCGGAAUCAAACAGCAAACGCCGAUUUUGUCCUUGUGGGGCUCUUUGGUGAGACCAAGAGUGCCACCUUCCUCUACGUGGUGAUCUUCAUCUUUUUCUUACUGGCCCUGGCUGGGAACACCCUGCUCAUCGUCCUGAUCCGCGUGCAGCACCGCUUGCACACCCCCAUGUACUUCUUCAUCAGCCAGCUCUCGCUGAUGGACCUCAUGUACAUCUCGGUGACCGUGCCCAAGAUGCUCGUGGGCCAAGUCACAGACGACCGUGCGAUUUCCCCCUCGUGCUGCGGGGUGCAGAUGUUCUUCUACCUGACCCUGGCUGGUGCGGAGUUUUUCCUUCUGGCGGCCAUGGCCUACGACCGAUACACUGCCAUUUGCAGACCUCUCCAUUACCCACUGCUGAUGAGCCAGAGGGUCUGUGAGUGCCUGCUGUCUGGGUGCUGGCUCCUGGGAAUGUCUGAUGGCUUCCUGCUUACCCCCAUCAUCAUGAGCUUCCCCUUCUGCCAGUCCAGGAAAAUUCCGAGCUUCUUCUGUGAGGCCCCUGCCCUGCUGAAGCUCUCCUGUGCCGACAUCUCCCUCUACAGGACGUUCAUGUACGUGUGCUGCGUCCUCAUGCUGCUCGUCCCCGUCGUGGUCAUCUCGAGCUCAUACGCCCCCAUUCUGUGCCUCAUCCACAGGAUGAAUUCCGCUGAGGGUCGGAGGAAGGCGUUUGCCACCUGCUCCUCUCACAUGGUCAUAGUUCUGCUCUUCUUUGGCGCUGCCGUCUACACCUACAUGCUUCCUGCUUCCUACCACACGGCCGAGAAGGACAUGAUGGUGUCAGCUUUCUACACCAUCAUCACCCCUGUGCUGAACCCUCUUAUUUACAGCUUCCGCAAUAAGGAUGUCACAGGGGCGCUGAGAAGCAUGAUGCAAUCGGGGCUGAGCCCGAGAAAAGCUGGAAACAGGAGAGCCUGA